GCUAUUGUGUCAUAGCCAGCAUGUUCUGUCCUUUCAACAAUUAUUAAUCUUUUAAAACUUUCCUUGAUGAUCUUUUCCAAUGCCGAUGUCUUCUUGGAGGUAUCUGGCCUUUUUCCUAUUGCCUAUCCUCGGCCUUCUUGAACAGACUUUGGCUUCAGCAACUUCAGCAACCCCUGUUCCUCCUCUCACUGUCCUUCCAAGUGGUAAUUGGAAUGGUAUCGACGGGAAUUGGUCAAGCUUUUGGCUUACAGUGGGAACACCUCCUCAACCUGUCUUGGUCUUCAUAUCAACAGCAAGCAAUCAACCCUGGGUCGUGUCACCAGACGGUUGUAGUCCAUCAGACCCAGGAACAUGUUAUAGCUCGAGAGGUUUGAAUUUUAAUUCAAACUCGUCAGCCACAUGGGUACCAAACACCAUUAAUCCCGGAGGCGAAUUUGCUUUGGAAGUUGAGUCCAGUCUAGGCCUUACUGGCAAUGGAGACUAUGGCAACGAUACCAUUCUUUUGGGAUCCCCGGGUAGUGGAUCUCCCUCCCUCAGUUCACAAGUGCUCGCAACAAUCGCGACCCAUGACUUUUGGCUGGGUCUUUUUGGUCUUAAUCCGGCACCCACAAAUUUCUCGAGCAAAACUGAACCUGCCCCAAGUUAUAUGUCCAAUCUCAAGUCUCAAGGCCAUAUUCCAUCAUUAUCAUAUGGCUACACUGCAGGUGCUUACUAUCGUAAUGGUGGAGGAGCCAAUGGUGGGGGAGUCUUAGGCAAUCUUACUUUAGGUGGUUAUGAAGAAUCUCUCUUCGUACCAAAUAAUCUUACCGUCGAUUUUGCCACUUCUGGCGAUGACCUAACGAUUGAUGUCAAUGCAAUCACAGUUAAAUCACCGGGAGGGACAUCUCAAGUCGUAUCAUCGCCAUCAUCCUCUUUUCCAGCUUUUAUUGAUUCAUCGGUCCCAUACCUAUAUCUACCAACGAGUAUAUGCCAAAAGUUCGAAGAAGCUAUUGGUAUCUCCUACGAUUCAGAAUCGGAACUGUAUUUACUGACUGACGCCCAACAUACUGCACUUGUUAACCGAAAUGCUUCUGUUGUAUUUACUCUCACAAAUUCGACGUCCAAAGCCAUGGUGAACAUCACACUCCCAUACGCUGCUUUUGAUUGGUGGGCCGAGUAUCCUCUUGUACAGAACAGCACCCGAUAUUUCCCUCUCAAACGAGCAACCGAUAAUUCUCAAAUCACACUUGGACGAGCAUUUCUCCAAGAGGCGUACCUGAUUGCCGACUAUGAACGUUCCCAAUUCUCCAUUCAUCAACGCAACUGGACCACAUUCUACCCCACCUCAAAUCCAACUACAAUCUUUCCCCUCAAUAAUCCCGCACCAUUGUCUUCUUCAAAAUCAAAAAUUUCGACUCCUGUCAUAGCAGCCAUUGUACUCGCAAUUCUUACUUCAAUAGCUUUAACCCUCUGUCUAACAAUUUUCAUUCUUCACCGCGUACAUCAGCGCAAACAAACUCCUGGACGGUCAAAUACCGUUUCCACUUUCGCAUCAACUUCUCGAAGCCUCUCGAAAAAAGAGUCAUUUCGCUCUGCUCCUUCCUCUCCUUUACCUCUCCCCUUCAUCUCCAGCAAAGAUAAAUCGGACAAAAAAUCCAAACACGUCUCCAAUGCACCUUCAGAGCUAAGUUUCUUCGACAAGGGCACUAAUUCUGUCCUUCUUACACCAUCCAAUCGCUCUUUAGUUUCUCUGAACAUUGGUAAAGCUAUCGGAAGCCCCAAUCUCACACUAAACCCUCAAUACAACAACUCCGGUGUUUCUAUUUCCCGAAACCCCAGCCAAAGCAAUGCAGCAGAUACCGUUCUUAACAAAAAUCUCAAUUUGGUUCCUACCGAGCCUAAACCUGCAUUCCAUCUCGCAAGUCUUUCUACGCGUCGUAAAGAGCGUAAGAAGAAGAGAAAGGAAAAAGCUCAAGAGAUUUAUGAAUUGAGUGGUGGUAGUGAUGCUUUAUGCUGGGCCGAAAUGGAUGAGAUGGAUGAAGAACUAGAGGAAAUGGAUAUGGAUAGUCGUGCAAGUAGUCCAGCUUUAAGCGCACUCAGUUUUGCAAGCGAUGCCGCUCUCAUCACAUCUAAUCCUGAGAAACCAAAACCAUGGAUGGAUAACGAUCGCGAAAUUCGCGGGAGUGGAAGUAUCAUGAAUAUGGGCAUGAAUAGAGAUAGUGGCAUGGAACGUAUGAACCGAAUGGACAAAGAAGCAGAAGCAUACCGAGAGCGAAGCGGUGGUCAUAGUCAUCCCGGGACAGGAAAUGAUACUGUGACGACAAACAACAGUCGUGGGAGAGAAUCACACUUUACAAAUACGACGAUGGGACUAGAUACUCCGACCGAUGGGGUUGGAACGGGGGGGACGUGGGAGUUUGAAAAGUAUUUGGAUGCUAGUAGAUUACCUUGGGUACAGAGAGGAAGUGGUUUGGGCGUGGUAGUUGAACCUCCUUCGCCGGUAGCGCAGCCUGUUGCCGCGAUGCCGGCGCUGAGGGAGGGAGCUCAGGCCCCGGGUAAGAAAGUGGAAAUUGUGAACGAUUCGAUGAAGAGUUCAGGACAGAAGAGAGAGAGUGAGAAGGGAGUUAUUUGGGGAAGGUUCUAGAAUCAUUUUACUCGCCGACUUGUUUGACCUCUGUGCCUGUGUUACCCUGUCGUAACAUGGCACAUUUUGUAAGUUACUAUUUGGAAAGAAAAGAUAAAAAGAAAGAAAGACCAGGAUUUGUAUGGAUUACGAAUGGGAGGAAUUUUAUAUAUUCAUGUAUUUGCAUAUCAUUAUCAUCCUACCGGAAAUGUUGGGAGUCGGGAUAUAAACAGGAUAAGGGAUUAGGAAGACAGUUUCACGAUUUGAUACCAUGGUUUGAAAAAAGAAAAGAGGUGGAAGGAAGGGGAUUUCGUUACUUUUUCUUAUGGAUACAUUGUUGAGCAAUUGGAUGGUACCUAUUCAACGUAUUUUUCGUGCCGGAUAAAAUGCGGUCUUCAUUGUCUGAAUAUCUAUGAUACAUUUUUCACCA